AUGAGUAAGUUCAAAACCAUUGAUACAUUUUUUAAAAGAAAAGAUCAAGAAAAUGAAGAUACUUCUACUAUUACUACUCCAAUACUUGAGGGGUCAUCAAAUUUCAUUACUUCAAGUUCUUCAUUAAAUAGCUCAAAGCGUCCACGACUUCUUCCAAAUCAACUGGAUGUUUUUCGUUUGGAAAGAGAUCCUGGGAUGCGACCAAUGAUUUGGAAGUUUCCUCCAAAUAAAAGAGAUGAAAUCCGUCGGACUUAUAUUAAAGUUGGGCCAAAUCAACCAAUUCUUGAUAAUUAUCCAUUUUCUGGUGAUAAAAGUCAUCGUCGCUUUCAAGCUUCAUGGUUUAAAUUGUUUCCAUCUUGGUUAGAAUAUUCUAUAGAAGAUUAUGCUAUAUAUUGUUUUCCGUGCUUUCUUUUUGCUAAGGAACCUUCAAUCAAUACGGGUUCAAAUGCUUUUAUUGAGAAUGGUUUCAGGAAUUGGAAAAAAGUAAAUAGUGGAAAAGAAUAUGCUCUUUUGAAUCACAUUGGCAAAGGUCCUAACUCAUUCCAUCAUAAGGCGCUGAAAUCAUGUGAUGAUUUGAUGAAACAAUCACAACAUAUUGACAAACUUCUUCAUAAGCAAACAUCAGAAGAGAUUGAAAAGAAUCGAAUUCGACUAGGAGCAUCUAUAGAUUGCAUUAAAUGGUUGACAUUUCAAGGUUGUGCAUACAAAGGACAUGAUGAAAGCCAAAGUUCAAGCAACAGAGGUAACUUUUUGGAAAUAUUGAAAAUUUUGGGAUCUUACAAUGAAAGAGUGAAAAAGAAUGUUUUGGAAAAUGCUCCAAAAAAUGCUAAGUAUACUUCAAAUGAUGUCCAAAAAGAAAUUCUACAUAUUCUUGCUACUAAGAUGAGAAAUUCAAUCAGAGAAGAGAUUGGAGAUGCCAAAUUUUGUAUUAUUAUUGAUGAAGCUAGAUAUGAAUCUAAAAAGGAGCAAAUGGCCAUUGUUUUGAGAUUUGUUAUUCUAGAUGGUUUUGUUAAAGAGAUAUUUUUUGAUCUUGUGCAUGUCACUGAUACUUGUGCAACAACUUUAAAGAAAGAAUUGAUUUCUGUCCUUUCUCAUUAUAAUCUCCAAGUUGAAAAUAUUAGGGGUCAAGGGUAUGAUGGUGCUAGCAACAUGCAGAGUGAGUGGAAUGGUUUGCAAGCUUUGUUUCUUAAAGAUUCUCCACAAGCAUACUAUGUGCAUUAUUUUGCUCAUAGGUUACAAUUAGCAUUGGUGGCAGUUUCAAGAGAGGUACUUCAAAUUCAUGAAUUUUUUACUCAAUUAAACUCUAUUGUCACUAUUGUUAUUGCUUCUUCAAAAAGACAUGAUCAAUUACAAGAAGCUCAAGCAAUUGAAAAUGCAAACUUGGUUGCUCAAAAUGAAUUAGAAACAGGCAAAUGUGCGAAUCAAAUAAGCACUUUACAAAGAGCUGGGGAUACUCGAUGGAGCUCUCACUUUAAUUAUAUUUGCAGUUUGGUAAAAAUGUUUACUGCUACCAAUAUUGUUCUCAAUAAUAUCAUUGAAGACGGGACAACUUAUGCACAAAGAGGUGAGGCUUAUGGUGUUAGUAAAAUAUUAUUGUCAUUUGAAUUUGUUUUCACUUUGCACUUGAUGAAAGAGAUUAUGGGAAUCACCAAUGUUCUUUGCCAAGCACUGCAACAACAAUCUCAAGAUAUUCUUAAUGCAAUGCAUAUUGUUUCUACAUCAAAGUUACUUCUUCAACAAUUAAGAGAUGGUGGAUGGUGCAAUUUUCUUGCAAAUGUUAAAGAUUUUUGUGAAAAACAUGAAAUUGAAAUCCCUAAUAUGAGUGCACAAUAUGUUUUUGGAAGAGGUCGAUCUUGUCAACCAAGUAUAACAGUUGAGCAUCAUUAUCGAAUAGAUUUGCAACAUUAUCAGCAUGAUAUACCAAAUCAUUUGAAAGGCAUUGGUACACUUUCUGAAUUGUGCAACAAGUUGCAAGAAAUGGAAAAAUCAAGAACUUAUCACAUGGUUGAUAGAUUAAUACGUCUUGUUUUGACUCUACCAGUGUCUACAGCAACAACAGAAAGAGCUUUUUCAGCAAUGAAAAUUGUUAAGACAAGACUCCGAAGCUACAUAGCCAAGGAAGAUGCAGCUUCCAAUAUUUCCUCUAUAAAAUUUGUGGUUUCAUCAUCAAAUACAAAAGCCACAUCUAACAAAUCUGGUAUUGGGAAUGUUCCCACACUUGAGGAGAAAUUUGAUGAAGUUUAUACAAGUGAAACUGAACCUUCACCAAGAACCGAACCUACUUCAAACAGGCCAGGAAAUCAAGCUCAAAAGGAAGUUGAAACUGUGCAAAAUCAAGAAAAUGGAAGUUCUAUUCAAGCUGAACCAGAAACUGCUGUUGCUGAAAAGUUAAGAGACAAUUCUAUUUUGUCUCACGAAUCUGAAGGAAAUCCUGAAACCAGCAGUACCCAGAAUCCCUUGGUAACUGAAUCUGCCUCCAAGUCCACCAGACCUCGUGAAUGGAGAUUCUUGAAGAAUUAUCCAGAGGAAUUUGUCAUUGGAGAUGUCUCUCAAGGGGUUAGAACUCGGUCAUCCACUAGAAAGGCAAAUGAAGAAUCAAACAUUGCCCUUCUCUCACAAAUAGAUCCUCAAAAUGUCAAGAAAUCCCUUAGUGACCCUUCUUGGGUUAAAACAAUAGAAGAUGAGCUUCUUGAGUUUGAGAAGAACCAAGUGUGGACUUUGGUUCCAAGGCCAAGUAGACAGAAAGUGACCGGCACCAAGUGGAUAUUUCGGAACAAGUUAGGAGAAGAUGGCAGCAUUGCAAGAAACAAGAUUGCUGAUGUGUUUGUUGAAGAUUUUGUUUCAUAA